AUGCCUGUUCUUCAAAAGCCUCAGGCUAAUGAUGUUGAACCCAUGACUGGGCCCGCUACCUGUACAACGAGUGGUGAUGAUGAUGAUGAAUUUUCUGAUUUUGAAAGCGUAGAAACAGAAGAAUACUAUAGGUUGAAACAAUAUGAAAAUGGUGUGUCUCAGAUGAUUGAUGAUAUGCUUCACUUGUUGAACGGGAUUCCCCAGCGGCCGCAGAAUUCUCCUGCUUUGGAUAGCUUAAUUGACCGUUUUCUCUGCUGCAAAGUUAUUGAUGAUGAAAGAGAUUUUCGGUUCCUGAAUCAAACAAAUAAAAAGUUUCAUCAAAGAAACAACAGAUUUAGGAGAAGUGUGUAUCUUAAUGGGCUUGAUUUCGACUAUGAGUAUUAUUCUUCUAUUCGUAUUUCCUAA